AUGUAUAAAAUAGAAUAUAAAGAAGAUAGAGGAAAGUGCGUAAUUGCUGUAAAUCAAAUUAGAGCAGGUUAUUGUAUUGUAGAAUCUCACCCUGAAAUAUUUAUACCAUUAUGUGUUAAAUAUAUGACUCCACGAAUUAUAGAUGCAGAUAAUAAAAAAAAUAAUUAUAAAAUAAUAAAUAUAUGCUUUUACUGUUUUGAAAAAUUUAAUAAAUGUAUAUAUUGCCCCAAUUGUAAAUAUGUUGUAUAUUGUAGUGAAAUAUGCUUAGAACGAGCAUGGAAGUCACACAGAGAGGAAUGUGAUAUUUUUAAAUCAAAUAUUUUUGAUAGAUACUGUCCAUCUAUAACAAUGAGAUUAGUGAUUAAUUGUUAUUUAAAUCAUUUUAAUUUUUACGAUUAUUGUGGUAGUAUUACAGAAUUGACAAAAGAAAAAUAUGAGAAAUUUAAAUAUCCUGCUUAUAUUGUAGCAGUAGCACUUAUGAGUAAAAAAAAAAAAAUAUUUCAAAAUUUUGAAGAUAAUGAAAGUAUUCUUAAAAAUAUAAUUGAAAAAUUUGUAAAAAUAUCUAAAAACACUUUACAAAUAAUUGAUAACGAGCUAGAACCAGCUGGUUUAGCUUUUUAUAAAAAACCAGUACCUUAUUUUAAUCAUUCUUGUUUAAAUAAUUGUGUUACUAUAUUUAAAAAUCAAAAACUUUAUAUAAGAACAUUAAUGGAUAUAUAUCCAGGAGAAGAAUUAACCAUAAGCUAUAUUGAUAUAGCAUUCGAUAGAAAUACAAGAUUGUCAAUAUGUUUAGAGCAAUAUUUUUUUACGUGUUCAUGUAAAUUAUGUAAAAUAAAUAUUCCUUCUGAAUGUCAUAAUAUUUUUAAUACUGAAUUUAUUUGUACAAAUUCGGAAAAUUGUAAAAAAUUUUUGAGUUAUAUGGAAGUAGUGUUAAUAUCUGAAUUAGAACAUAAGCAGUGUUAUGUUAAUAAAAAUGAUUUUAAAACAUAUCCAAUUUUAAAAAAAACUAAUGAAAACGUAUGGAAAUGUAUGCUAUGUAAAGCUGAAGUACAUGAUAAUAUAAUAAAAAGUCUUUUAGAUAAAGAAAAGGAGACAGUUAAAGAAACUAUAUAUUUAGAAACAUUGUUUAACGAAAAAUAUUCUUAUGAUAAUAAAAGUGUUUUACAAUCUUUAAAUAAAAUAAAGUCAAAAAUUGAUUAUUUAACUAAUUUUUAUCAUCAUGCUAGAUAUUCUUUGCAAAAAAUGAGAGCUAAAAUUUUAUAUAUAUCUAUACAACUACAAGAAUUUAAAUUAGCAUAUAAUAUUGCAAAUCAAUACUUGAAAUCAAUAGAAGUUUCAUAUGGAAAAUUUUCUCCAAUAUAUGGAUAUUAUAUUUUUUUAACAGGAAAAUUAGCUUUGUUUCUUGAUUUGAAAUCAGAAGGUCUAAGUUUAAUUCAUAAAGCAAAAAAAAAUAUCAUAAAGACUUACGGAGCUGAUUCUCCUUUAUAUAGAGAUUUAGAAAAAUUUCUUUACACAAAUAAAUAUUAA